CAGGAAUGUUCCGUAAACACAUGGUUGGAUAUCAAAAUGUAAUUUUCUGGAGAUUCUUACUGCAUAUCCCAGAAGGCGUUUCGCCCACCUACACGCCAAUGACGUAGCUACGGCUUCCGGGUUAUUUACUUUAAGGUUAUUUGUGAGGCGUGAUGCCGUGCUGGGCUUCAUUCAUGAAGUUAUGUCUUCAUACAUUUGUAAACGUGCAAAGUCCCCACCAUAACUGAGAAGUGAAGAGGAAAUAGGGAUUGAAAACAAUGUACAGACGGCUGCUGCGGUGUGGUGCAUGUUCCUGUAGGAUCUUCCACCACAUGCAGAAAGGUGCUCUGAAGGUACCGUCAUGUAAGCCGCCGAUGUCCUUUAUGAUUUGGGGCAUUGCUUUGCGGAAAUACUGCAUAAACGGCCACGGCGAUCUACUGAAGAACCAGCCUGUUCAACAGUAUUUACAAAGUCUGACUAAGGAAUAUCGUCACAUUACACAGAAGUUACAAAAUGGACAGUGUAAUGAGUACGAAAGAAAGGCGUUGAACAAAAGACAGGUUGAACUCCUACCGAUAGAAACAGCUUUUCAAAAUAUGGAAAGCGCAAUGAAUGACUUAAAGGAGCUGGAAGCGAUUUUGCAGAGCAGCGUAGAAGAGAAAGACCGGCACAUGUUGGAGCUUCUGAAAGACGAACAUGCUGAGAUGUCAAAGCGGCUUCAAGCACUUAAAGCAGAACUGAUCCAGACAAUGAUACCUUGCGACAGACUCGACAGCAGCAGUGAUGUCAUUCUGGAAGUGGUGUCAGGAAGAACGACAGGAGGUGACAUCUGCCAGCAGUUCACAGAGGAAGUGUUUGAUAUGUAUAGUAGAUUUUCAAGUUACAAAAACUGGGAUUUUGAAGUCUACAAUUACACUCCUGCUGAUUACGGAGGACUGCAUCAUGCAGCGGCUAGAGUCUCUGGGGAGAAUGCCUACAAAUUCCUGAAGUACGAGGGUGGAACUCACCGAGUUCAGAGGAUCCCUCAAGUUGGCCUGUCUUCUAGAAUGCAAAGGAUCCACACGGGGACAACCACAGUUAUUGUCCUCCCCCAGCCAAGCAAGAUAGACCUGGACAUAGACCCCAAGGAGCUUCAGGUUGACACUUUUCGAUCUAGUGGAGCGGGAGGACAGAGCGUCAAUACAACAGACAGCGCUGUCAGAAUAGUCCAUGUUCCAACAGGGAUAAAAGUGGAGUGCCAAGAGUCUCGGUCCCAGCUGCAGAAUCGGGACACUGCCAUGCGGCUGUUAAGGGCCAAGAUCUACCAGUGGAUAACAGACCAAGAGCAAGAGAAAAGCGACGCCACACGCAAGCACCAGAUAGGAACCCGUUCUCAGUCGGAGAGAAUCCGUACCUACAACUUCACCCAGGACCGUGUGACGGAUCAUAGGAUAGGACACGUGACACGUGACAUCAAGGGGUUCCUGCGAGGGGGAGAGAUCCUGGACCAGCUGAUCACAGAGCUGAUGCAUCACGCUGAAAGGACAGCGCUACUGGAGUUAGCACAAAACACCAACUCAGAAUAAUUGCUGUGACCCUGGACUUGCAGACUGUGAAAGCCAAGGAAGUAAACAGUACUGUAAUGUAAGCAAUGUUGCUAUUGUUUAUGUGUGUCUAGAAGUAUUGCGUGCUUUGCACACAAAUCACUAGAAAUUAAGAAAUUUAGUGAAAGUUUGACAUUUUCUUUAAUGGAUGGAAAAUUUACCAUAGAAAAAUUUGCUGCAAACAGUAUUUGUAAAUAUGCAAAUCGGUCUGUGAAAUAUAUAAUAUGAUUUAAACAUA